ACACAUGCGCUGUACGGAUGCUGUGGAGAACACAUUGGUGGAUGUGUCGGUAAAUUGAGGGAUUACGAAAGACAUGGCGGCCAACAUCGAGCAAAUCUUUCGCGAUUUCGUAGUAAAUAAGAUAAAAGAAAUUGAAGAUGAGAGUCAAGAUAUCAUUCUGACAGAUGAAGGCCAUCCCAAUGGUAAAACUGCAGAAAGAGCAGAUGGGAUCAACAACACACAAGAUAAAGAUGGCGUAACCAAUAAGGAAGAGGGUGAUGUCCCACAAAAGAAACACAAGAAACACAAGAAGCACAAGAAACACAAAAGCAAAAAGAAGAAACGUAAGGAAGAGAAAGAGAGUGACUCAGAAUCGGCAGCAGACUCAGAUGGAGACCAGGCAAAGACUGGGGAAGAGGAUGAUGGGAGAUCCAAGCGGCAUAAACGACAUUCUGGGAAGAAGAAGAAGAAAAAGCGGAAGAAAGAUGGCAAGUCCAACAGCUCAUCUGAAUCGGAGUCCGAGUCGAAGCCUCAGCCUGGGAACAAGGAGAGCAAACCUCAGGAUCUGCCUGAUAUCAUCCCUAAACUAGAGGAGAAGUGUUCUGAAAAGUCCUCCUCCAGACGCUCACGGUCUCGUUCAGGCAAGCGCAGGUCCAGAUCCCGGGACAGGAGAGGGAGAUCCAGAUCGAGGUCCGGUAGAAGAGGUGUCGGACACACACGUUCCAGAUCAAGGCACCGGAGGUCCGGGUCGCGUUCUAGAAGGUCCGGGUCCAGGAGAGGCAGGAGAACCCGGUCAAGGUCCCUGGUGAUCUUGAAGAAAGACAGACGGUCCAGAUCGAGAUCCAGAAGGCGAUCGAAAUCUAAGACGAGAUCUCAGUCGAGACGCCGAGAGAUGAGUUCAAGAUCUCCCUCUCCGUCCAGAAACGACAAAUCCAAAUCCGGGUCUGCCUCAAGAGACAGCCCAUCGGCCGAGAAGGAUCCCUCUGCGGCCCUGGCCAAAGAUGAGUCUGCUGUGAAAGACGAAAACGUAAUGGUUCCAAUCGAUCCGCCAGCCCUAGCUUCCGAAAGCAGCAUUGAUGGUGUCGUCAAUAUGGCCGUCGCCUCUGGAGGAGGGUGGAAGCCGAUACCCUUAUUAGGGGACAGCAAUAAGGGAGAGCCAGCCGUUUCCUCCCAGCACUCAGAAUGUCUGACGUCUCCACAGAAGUGCCCUAUUCCUCCCGAGGUGCCUUCAGGUGAGCAGCAUGAGGCCUCCCCUGACCACCAUUCAACGUCAGUCUCUGAUCCUAACCACAGCUGCCAGCCAACUGGUGAGCCAGGGGAAUCGGAUGGACCUGUUACUUCAGAAACCCUGUAUGGCUCUGUAGAUUCCCUACCCCCCAAAACGGAUGCUGAUGGAGGGGACAAGGUGACACCUCAGGGUGAAGAUGGAGAGCUGGCUGCCUCACCUCAACCUAAAUCACAGCCAACAUCUGGAGAGGCAGAGACGACAGAGAAGGAAGGAGCGUCUUCAAAGUCCAGGUCUCCUUCAAAGAGGAAAAAGUCCAGGUCAAAGUCUCCUGCUCAGAAGAAACGCUCUGAUGCAAAGUCCUCCAAGAAGAGGAGGUCCAGAUCCAAGUCUCCAGGGAGGAAGAAGAAAUCAAGGUCCUCGUCGCGAAGCCGCAAGAGGAAGUCCAAAUCUAGGACGCCGUCUCGGAGGAAGAAGUCUCGUUCAAAGUCUGGGACGAGAAAGAAGAAAUCACGAUCCAAAUCCAGAACGCGGAACAAGCGCUCAAAGUCUAGGUCACCGAAAAGGAAACGGUCCAAGUCACGGUCUCCUGCUCGGAGGUCAAAGCGAUCGAGGUCGCGCUCCGGUUCGCGGCGGAGGGGGAGGGGUGCAUUCGGCAGCCACCAGCUGAGCCAGAGGGACCGCUGGAAGCGUGAGCCAAGCCACUCCCCAGUCCUCAUCCUCCGCAAGAAGAGGUCCCCGGCACGCACCAACCGCGACACCAGCAAAAGCCCGCCACGACUCACAGAGCUGGAUAAAGACCAGUUACUGGAGAUUGCUAAGGCUAAUGCAGCCGCCAUGUGUGCCAAGGCCGGGAUACCCAUCCCAGAGAGCCUGCGACCCAAAGCAGUCCUCCAGCUGCCUUUACCCAACCCCAUGUCCUUCUCCAUGCCCAUGAAUAUGAACAUGCCCAUGAACAUGACUAUGAACAUGCCUAUGAGCAUGACCAUGAAUGCAGCUAUGGCUAGCAUGACGGCUGCCACAAUGACGGCUGCCCUGGCCAGUAUGGGAUCUAUGGCCUCCAUGCACCAGAUGGCCCCGCUCCCCAGCAUCACCAACAAGCCCCCGCCAGGUCCCCCCCAGCCCAACAUGGCCACCAUCGAGGAUGUGAAGAGGAAGGUGGCCAAGCAGGCCAACAGCAUCAGCAUCAAGGAGUUCACUGACAAGUGUAAGAAGAUAGUGGAGAGGGGAGGGGAGCUGGCCAUCGCUGAGCCCCGUAUAUCUGACGACGAGGAAGACGGCAAACCGUUUGGACGAGCCGCCCUGAGGGAGGUCAAGGGCAUCUCCUUCAGCCUCAAUAACGCGUCCGUGCGUCCAUCGCCGGCGUUGGCAGUUCGGAGCGAGGCGGCGUUCGCCAAGGAGUUCCCCGUGUCAUCGGGCUCCCAGCACAGGAAGAAGGAGGGCGACGGGGGAGGGGCUUACGGAGAGUGGGUGACCGUCGACAAGAAGGCGGAAAAGGCCAAAGCGGCGGCGGCGACCAAGGCCUUGGCAACGGCUGCCAAGGAAACUUCGCCUGGGGAUGCGCCUUUGUCUGCGGUGUCCGUGGCAACGGAGGAGCCGGCGAUCGUCAAGGAGAGUGAUAGUGUGUUCCCGGAGCCUCCGCUACAGCCUGUAGACAUCACCCAGGCAGUUGGUGAGAGGAUGAAGGCCCAGAAGCGUCUGGCGGAGAACCCGUACGACGUCAGCGCCAUCUGCAUGCUCAGCCGUGCUCAGGAACAGGUGGAUGCGUGGGCCCAGUCCAACACCAUCCCUGGUCUGUUUACAGGUUCUACUGGAGCCACGGUGCUCAGCUCAGAGGAGCUGUCCAACAGCGGACCACAGGCCUGGAUCAAAAAGCAGGUGCAAAUGCAGUACUGACACCCGGCUACUAGUGGUGCGCUGGUCUGACACCCGGCCACUAGUGGCGCUCUGGUCUGUCCGCUAAAUAGUCCCCCUCGGAGUCGGAAUAGGGACUCGGAGAAUGAGGGAGGGAGGGGAGGAAGGAAGAGGAGAGCUGGAAGUAAGUCUGCAGACCCCAGACCCCCCCUUGUCCUCUAGCACCCCAGGGCAGGGCAGAGAUUAUGGGUCCAUCUCAAUAGUCUAAAGAAGUUUCCUCGUCUCUUUCCUUGGAUUCACACUGAUCUCAGAACACUGGAAAGGGGAAAGCACUAUUAUUUCACCUAUCCUGCCUUUUUAAGAUCAGUGCAGAUGUUAGUGGGGACAUUAGGUGAGGACGUCACUUUAGACUAUUCAGAUGCACCCUAAGAUAGCAUGACUGUAGAGACUAUAGUAACCUGUCUCCCUAAAGCUGUGUCUCCCUAUCACUCCCCACACCCAGAAUGUCAUCAGGCCCAGAGAUAACCAUAGUCAUUUGUCCUCUGUCUGUGGACCCCCCUGAACCCUUCUACGUGCCCUAUGGUUUUUCUAUAGUGGGCUGUUUGAAGCCAGUGUGUGUAACUGUACCCCAAGCCUCCCUGAGCUCUGUAAACACACACAGAGGCAGGGGGCUACUGUACUGUUUUAAUACACACCCUGGGAGCUAAAUUAAACAUCCUGAGGAAUCUCUCAGGUUAGGUUACACAUUGUCACAUAAUUUUGCUGUAGAGAGAGUGAUGGAUCUGCUGAGUUCAGUCUUCAUUUAACACGACACGUCCUUCACAUGCUUGUCACAGGUCACAGAUGCUAUGGGCAUAUGCUAUGGACAUGUUCAGAGACAUGAUAUAGGGAUGAGAGGGCAUUGAUCAUACUAAUGUUACAGUAACAUGCAUUUGCUAGCAUUACAGCACGCUAGCAUUACAGCAGCUAGCAUUGACUUACAGCAAGCUAGCAUUACAGCAGCUAACAUUGAUUUACAGCACGCUAGCAGUACAGCAGCUAACAUUGAUUUACAGCACGCUAGCAUUACAGCAGCUAACAUUGAUUUACAGCACACUAGCAUAAGCACCAUGAUGUUUGUGUGGAUGUUGGGUGCCCCUAGCAACCAGUCCUGGUGCAUUCCAUUACCCAGUAGAUGAGUGGGGUCUAGUUUUAGACCAGUCAGUGGUCUCCAACCCUAGUCCAGGCUAUGCAGGAUUUUGUUCCAUCCCAGCACAGUCAUAUAGGUUAGUGCUGGGCUGUAACAAAAACCUGCACACUUUAGCUCCAGGACCACAAUUGGAGACCACUGCCUGAGGGAGAUCUCUGCUCUGAGGGACCUAGGCUAGUUACAGGUGUCCAUGGACAUGCCUGUGCUCUUUCCCUUGCCCUGGGGGAGGCUGCGAUCAGAAGUUGCUCAUAGGCACAGAUCUAGGAUCAGCUUCCCUUCUGCAAAUCCUAACUCCAAACUGACCUGAGAUCAGUGUCUAGGGGCAACUUCCUCCCAGUCCUUGGGGAAGACUGAGGAAGGGGGUCGAAAAGAGGGGUCUGGAUUGGAGCAGAGGGAGAGAGAGGUGUGGGUUCACAGGGGUGACCUGUGAACUUUCACCUCUCUGUGUAUUGGACACUCGUUUCAGGGUCAGUCCUUGUAGCUGUCCUUGUUGCCAUGGCCACAGUCAGGCCCCCUCUCAUUUCCUGUCUGACGCUGGGCCGGUGAUGGGGGGCUAGGUACGUACACCACACAGCGCCUUACUGUACAUCUUGUGUAACCAGUGUGUGUGUGUGUGUGUGUGUGUGUCAGAGAGAGUGAGAAAGUGAGAGAAAAAGUAUGUGUGUGUGAGAGAGCGACAGAAAGAAAUGGUGUCAAGGUACAGCCCCCUCUUAUUUACCUACAUGUGGUAUAAUGUGUGAAGAAAUUAGCUUCUCGGCUGUGUCUUGAGUUUCACCAGAGUAUUUAUUUGAUUUAUACUUUUAGUUGAUUUCAUCUGUACUCUUUUAAUGUGUUUAGAUGUUUCUCUAGAAAUGUUCUCUCAGAAACGUAGGAUUUUCACAGUGCUCAAAGCUGCCACCACAGAUAGUUAAUUCUAGUGUUUUACGUAGGUGUAGUUAAUUCUAGUGUUUUAUGUAGGUGUAGAGGUUACUACAGACAGUAACACAAUCACCCUUAACUGUUAUUCAGAGGCAUGUGAGAGUUGUUCUGAAGGUAGUCUCUAACUCAUGUCUGACUGUGACAGUGGUGUGAGUGAGUGGAUUAGGUGGUUGAGAGAUGUUUUCAGGGUGGAAACUAAUUAUCUGCUUUCGCCUCUCUGCCUUUUUCUUCUCUUCCUCCUCACUCCAUGGUUCUCUCUUCUGUUGUUCUCCCUCUCUUCUCUCCUCUCUCCCUCUCGCUCUCUCUCUCUGUAGGACCAGUUCUUGCGAGCAGCCCCGGUGUCGGGAGGAGUAGGGGAGUUCC